AUGUUCUUCAAAUACCAACUUGCUUCUCUUGCACUUUGCGCUCUUUUCCUCAGUAGAGUAGAUGCACACGGCACCAUUACUGCUGUGCAGGGUGCAAACGGCGUCAAUGGCGCAGGCUUUGGCAUAAUUGCCUCCACUCCCCGAAACGGAGGCUUACCUGUUCCCUUUGAGCAAGACACCAGUGUCAUCCGCAACAACGAGAUCCAGUCAGGUAAGACUGGUGUAUGCGGAAGGACUAAGGCAGGAGGAAACAACGACGUUGCUUCACAACUCGCAGCUGCGUCUCAGGCUGGACUCCCGUCUGCAGCAGCAGAUGGGUCAGUCACCAUGACUCUCCAUCAGGUCAACCAGGACGGCGCUGGACCUUACAAGUGUGACGUCUCUGCUGAUGGCGGACAGACAUUCACCGACGCGACGGUCUCUCAGAACGUACCUGGCUUUGCGAGUUUGAGCGGGGCCGUAGCGAAGGACUUCCAACUCGUUGCCCAGAUGCCCGCAGGUAUGCAAUGCGCUGGCGGCCCUAAUGGUGACGCCUGCAUCAUGAGGUGCCGCAACAGCGCAAUUGCUGGUCCGUUCGGGUCUUGCGUCGCUGUCACUAACAGUGGCUCAGGAGCAGGGAACACAACAACCGCAGCAGCUGACACUUCAGCAGCUCCUGCAGCAGCUGCCUCUCCCGCAGCCUCACCAGCAGGAUCGACCACCGGGUCAACUGCUGGAGGUGCAACUGGUGCGACUGGUGCGACUGGAGCAACUGGAGCAACUGGAGCAACUGGAGCAACUGGAGCAACUGGAGCAACUGGAGCAACUGGAGCAACUGGAGCAACUGGCGCUACUGGCGCAACCGGUGGAAAGGGUGGUGGAUUCCUCGGCAAGCUUGGCAAGGCCUUCGGCGCUCGCAGCUCCGACGCGAAAAAGCGCUACAUCACCUCCCGCGUCGCUGGUAAGAGGGCUGGCCUCUGGAUUGAUGCAUGAGAUGCCUCCACUAGGGACAUUUGGACAUUCUACGGACUCUUAUUUCCA